ACUUCUCAGGAAGACACGCGCCACCAGCCGCGGUUUCACGAGCAGAGCUACCAUGGUUUUACUUUCCACCCCAGUACUUGGGGCUUCCCAUUAUGCCCAGCACGCACACUGGAGGCCCCAGCGCUGGUCGUGCCCCUUGCAUGCUCCUGUCACAACUCCUAACCGUGUUGUUAGGGAACUUUCUCCUUCCCUCCCUCCCUCCCUCCCUACGCACAAGGAGUGUGAAGCAACAGCAAUCCCCAAGGACCAAAUUUUUUAUUAUUUUCCCUAGAAUUAGGUUAAAACAACAACAACAUCACUCACACUCACUCCCCACACACAAUCGCGCGCGCGCGCGCACACACACACACACACACACACACACACACACGCAGGCCCUGGGCGAGCCCAAGCGGCGGUGGCGGGCAGGGGCGCUCUCUGCCGCUGUAGCUGCUCGGAGGCCGGGCGGCGGCCGCCUCGUCCCGCCUCUCUCUCCCCGUCCCGGCCGAGCCCUUGGAGUCGUCCGGAAGCGGCGGGCGGUGCCGUGGCGGCGGACAAUAGUGGGGCGCCGGCAGCGGCAGCGGGGUCAGGAUGAAUGAGGAGCAGUUCGUCAGCAUCGAUCUGGACGAUGACAACGUGUGCAGCGUCUGCAAGCUGGGCACCGAGAGGGAGACUCUGUCCUUUUGCCACGUCUGCUUCGAGCUCAACAUCGAAGGAGUACCAAAGUCAGAUCUUCUACAUACAAGAUCUUUAAGGGGCCACAGAGACUGCUUUGAAAAAUUCCACUUAAUAGCAAAUCAGGACUGUCCGCGGUCAAAGCUCGCUAAAAGUACAUAUGCAGAAGUAAAAAAUAUCUUGAGCAAAAAAAUUAACUGGAUCAUACAGUAUGCACAAAACAAGGAUUUAGACUCUGACACUGAAAGCUCAAAAACAUCCCAACACCCAUUUUUUAACUUCAGACAUCAGACUGAUAGAAAAUUACUCCCACAGUUUGACUCCCCAGUACCUAGAUACUCUGCAAAAUGGAUAGAUGGAAAUCCCGGAAACAUCUCAAGCUGCUCACAAAAUCUUUUAGAACAAAGAGAAUCCUCUGAUUUCAGACUUGGUAUGUUACAAGAAACAGGUGCUACAUUCUGCUGCAACAAUGUUUUGUGGUCUAAUCACAGCCAAGCCCAAAAACCUGAAAAAGCUGAAAGUGAUUCAUGCACUGGUGUUCCUCAUCACAGGCAUCCUCAUUACAGCAGGGAAGAAUUGAAUAUGAUGACUCCUGGAGAGUUAAAGCAACUUAAUGAAAAACUUCUCAAGCAAAUCCAGGAUGUGUUUGAGGAGCUGACGCAGCAAGUCCAAGAAAAGGACUCUUUGGCCUCAGAACUGAAUGUCCGUCACAUUGCUAUUGAGCAGCUGCUGAAGAACUACUCCAAAUUGCCAUGUCUACAAAUGGGCCGUGCAGGAAUGAAAACAAAUGUCCCCAUAUAAUGGGGAUACAACUCGUAUCCCCUGUAUAGCUAACUUUCCCUGAUGGCUUUGGUAACUGCUACACAAAUAUUUAGAAGCUUUUGAGGAAACUUGGGCAGCUUGCUCUUUGCAUUCCUAAUCCAUAAGGAGUCUUAUUCCACUUUGGUUUUAACAGAAUAGGCAAAUAUCAUAGGUAUUAAAAUCACUGUAAUAAGGCCUAUUCCCACUCUGGAUUUUUUCUUUUUGCCCAUAAAGACGCAUGACGCUUGAACUGACUUUUGUUUUGUUGAUAAUAAAAUUGUUUCUAACAAGGAAUGACCUGAAGCCUGUAAAUCUGCCUACUUUAUACAGAGGAAAAAAAUGAGUUUUGAUCAGAUCUGAUCAUGUUACAUCCAAGAGAGCUUUAAGGGAAGAACAGUAUUAAUGAAACACAUUUUCUUAUUUAUUACAAGCAAUAUUUUAUUAUUGAAAUUUUAUACUAAAUAUUACUAUUUUAGGUACUUUUCCAGAUCUCUUUAUAAAAUGUUUGAAUUACUCUGUGUAAUGUUUAUACCUUGUGUAUGAUUGUUUAUCCUUUUUCAGGUCAGUAUCUUUCAUGAUACAAUUUAAAAAAAAAAAAAUCUUGUUUCCCAAAGAGAUGAAUUUCACAUGUUAAUUCACAUGAAUUUCACAUGUGCAUCACUUAUUUUUUAUCAAAUUUAUAAAUGAAGUGAAGAACUUAGUUCAUGAGAUGUUUAAAAAAAAAAAAGAGAAAAAGCACAGCACUUCCAUUAAAGAAAAAAUCCAUACUUCGGAUUUAAUACAUAAAAGUUGUUUUUGUAUGUGUGAAAUUUUCAAUGCUGAAAAAAUGAUUUCAAAGAAACUAAAUAAAUUUGUAAUACUACAAAA